AUGUCUUCUUCCACCACAGAUGACCAAAUCCUAGAUUACAUAGAUAGAGGUUACUACGAUAUUGCUAAAUCAGCAAUAACGGAUAAAAUAAGGAAAAAUCCAAAUAAAAUAUAUUUCAAAAUCUUAUUAAAUAAAAUAAUAUAUAAAUCAGAAUCAACAGAAUUAGCCAUUAAAAAUAACUUGCAGUUACUACAGAGUCUUUCAAAUGAUACUAAUUCAAUUUUAUUAUUAAAUGAAUUUUUCACUGAUUUAGAAAUGGAAAAAGAAGCAGAUUUAUGUUUUGAAAAUAUUAUAAAAAAAUAUCCAAUAAAAUCAAUUGAAAUUUGUUUUUUAUGGUUUAAUAAUUGUAUUGAAUCAGGGGAUUUAAAAAAAUUUAAUAAAAUAUUUUCAUAUUUAAAUAAGAGUAAAUUAAAGAAAUAUCAAUAUUGGUAUAGUUUUAGUUUUUACUUGUUGAUUAAACAACUACAACAACUAUCAAACCCAACAGAUGAAGAAAUAUCAAAAUUGAAACUAUAUAAAUCAUUUGGGAAAAAACUAAUAGAGAAUGAAAAAUUUGUAAACUGUCAACAAGUUUAUGUGUAUACAAGAUUUUUAAUAUUAGAUGAAGAUUAUCAAAGUAUUGAAAAUGUUUUAAAUCAAAUUGAAUUUCCAUUAGAUUUAGAAUUACAAAUUUUAUAUCUUGAAACUUUGGACAAGAAUGAAAAUUGGUUAAAAUUAUUUGAAUAUAAUUCAAAUCUUUUAUUUAAUGAUAAAUUUGAUGAUUUUAAUACUUAUAAACUUUGGAUUAAAUCUGGAAAACAACUUGGUAAAACUUAUGAAGAAUUGAAAGAAAAAUUAGGUGAUUCAAGAAAUGAACUACUUGUAAAAAUUGAGUUAAGUAUUUUAUUUGGAGUCAAUAUUGAAGAAGAUGCAAAUACUUACUACAACAAAUUUCAAAAUAAAUUAUGUUGUUAUCCUGAUCUAUCUAAAUAUCAACUACCUUCAUCAUUUUAUGACAAAAUUAAAGAAUCUUCAAAUUUGAAAACAGACAAUGCAAUAGUUUUAGUUAAUAAUCAAAAAUUUGCCCCUCAAACUGUAAAUAGUUGGCAAUAUUACAAUAAAAUCAAAACAGAAAGAUCAGAAUAUGAUAAUGAUCCAUUAAAUGAACUUUUCCUUGUAUCAAUUGAAAAACAAUUACAAAUUCCAACUUAUGAAAAUAUAAUUUCAAACAUUAUAAUAAUAAACAAUCUUUUAAUUCAAGAUAAAUAUAAUUAUAAAUUAAAGAUUUUAUUAAUUAAAUUAUAUUCAAAUUUAAAUAACAAUAAUUUAAUAAUAUCAAUUUAUCAAUCAUUAAAAAUUAAAAUGAUUCAACAUGAUACAUUAAAUUAUUUAUUAACAAAUUCAUUACCUUCAAAAAUUUCAUUGGAAGUGUAUAUUGAAAUUUUUAAAUUUUAUUUAACUUCAUUUCAAGAAAUUAAAGAAACUAUUUAUAAUGGAUUUGAUUUUGAAAUUUAUAAUAAAUUAGAAAGUUUUAUUAAUUUUAAUAAAAGAUUAAAAAAUUCAAUUUCAUUAUUUUUUAUUGUUUAUAAAAUUUUACAAACUUCAAUUAUAACUAAUGACAAGGGAUAUAUACAAUAUUUUAAUGAUUGGUUAAUUAAAAAUGAAAAAUUAAUAUUAAAUGGAGAAUGGAGAGAUAAUAGAGAUUUUAGUGAAAAACUGAAUGUUCAAAUUAUUGUUGAUGAUACAACAAGUAUUAGAAUUAAAUUAAUUAUAUAUAUGAUGAUAAAUGAAAUAAAUAAUGAAAAUAAAUUAAAAUAUUUAUUAAAAAAUUAUAAUAAAUUAAUAUCAAAUUCAAAAAAUUUUACACCAUGGUCAAAUUUAAUUUAUAAAAUAUAUUAUAACAUAUUUAAAAUCAAGACCAAAAUAAAUGAAAAUGAAACAAAAUCAUUAAUUAAUUUUAUUUUAAAAAAUUUAAAAUUUGAUAAAUUAAAAAAUUAUUUUGAAAAUGAUGAUAUAAUAUCAUCAAAAACAAAUCAAAAAUUAAUUGAGCUAGUUGAAUUAAUAAAUAUAAUAAAAUUCAUUUUUCCAAAAUCAAAUAAUUCAGAUAUAAAGCUAUUAUUCAAUCAAUUAACUAACUUAACAAGUGAACUAAAAAAUGAAAAUUUUAUAAUAAAUUCACAAUUAUCAUUUAUAAAUCAAUUAAAUUUAAAUUUACCUAUUAAUGAUAUUGAUUCAACUACAACAUUAAAUGAAAUUAAAGAAUCUAUUAUUUUCUCAACUAAAUCAAUUUUAAAUAAUUUGAAAUAA